UCAUAUAGAGCUCACUGGGCUUAUUAUGCAAAGGCGCGGGUACCAAGUUCUGCAAAUGUCUCUUAAGCUAAGAAACAUUCCUUUGUUGAAUGGUCACAUUUUUUCAAGUUUAUCACUUGUUUAGUUCGCCAUUAACUUGCAUACAGUCUGCGUGUGCCAUCUUUCUUCGCUAUGCUAUAAUGAAACCUAAUUACUAUUUUUACACGUUUGGUGUGAAAGUCAUUUCCUGGGCGUAUCAAUAGGUGCUAUUCUAGAACCGGAUUUGCAACAGUGGGAAUGUUUGGUGUCAAGUUACAACAACCAAACAACAAAGUCAACAGAGAUAUAUUGGGUUGAUUAAAAUACGGUGCUAUUUGGCAACAUUACGAUUUUGCUGGAUUGGGUCAAAAGCCUGGGCCAGAUACACUGUGGAUAAACAGAUAAAUCUUUCCGUGGAUGGCUGUAAAUGUGAAACGUCACAAACGUUUCUGAUGGCGCUGUUUGUAAUGCCGUAAAUCUCACUUCCUGCAAGCCAAGGAUUUAAAAUGAAACUAAGAUAUCUUCUUCCUAUGACGCAAUUAAACAUUUGUUUGCCGUUCGCUGGAAACUUUAGUCCCGCAGCAGCCGAUUUUACCGACUACAAUGGGUAAAAAUGUACGUGUAAUGGUCCUUACCGUUCUUAUACGUGUAGUCAUAUUCAAUAUGCUCUUCCUGCUAACAUGCGUAUUUGACGGCAUCCCUAACAUCAACUCGAUUGUGCUAAUGCUCUCGCUUAUUCUUGUUGUUCCACUGCCUCGUUUGGAACCGGUGCUUUAUAUCCUCGACGAAAUCUACACUUUUAUCUCCAUCUACAUAAGAAUUGUCCGAAAGUUGGUGAGCUGGGUUUAUUCUUUUGUUUUGUUACCAUCCUUGGUCUGUUUGACUCCUUUGGUACGAUGGACGUUUUCCCAAUGUGUAUCGUUAAGUACGAUAAUAAGUGGAAUUGCUCCGCUAUCAAAAGCAAUCAUACAGUGGCUGGUGCCAUCGCUUGUCAGUGGUUUCUUGUUCUCUUUUAGUGAGACUGUCAUAGCUGUUGCACUAUUGUGGGCUAGGGGCAUCCAUUGGUUCAUCACCGGCCCACUGCGUUGGAUACAUACGCUAUUCUGCCUUGUGCGCAACCAGUAUAAUGAUUCAAGUGAAAGUUAUUUCUCUUUUCCAAGGUAUUUUAUCAUGCUGCUUUUGAGUAUAUCAGCUUUAGUCAUAGCUUUACCUAGUCCCGUAUCGGUGUUGAACUAUUUGGUAACGGGCUAUGGAUAUCCUGGCUCGACAAUAAGAUUUCACUACUGCCCCGCUUUACGGAAAACUAACCUGAUGUCGUACCUUUUCCUGGAGGUUUCGUAUCCAUUGUGGAAUAUUACGAGAACGGUUAACUUCUAUCUGUUCAGCAAGUAUCUAUUCAAUGGCUCUUGGAGCGUUCAUAUUAAUAUCAAAAACCAAAUUGGACCAGGCUAUAGUACGUGGCUGAUGGGGUACUCCAGAAUGUUUUGUGUCGGACUGGUGACGCCAUUCGUCCUACCAUUUCAAUGUUUUGGACAGGUCAUCAACAACAUUCUUUGUAGUCUAUGUCAUGUAGCUUUCCUGACCAUACUUAACGGUCACACGCGCGUGAAUUUCUUUCUGAUUUACUACGGAGUCUGUUCUAUUUGCGUUCAUGUCGAGAGCACACUUGUUGCACUUGCAAGCACUUUGCACAGCUUAAGGCUGACGAUGAACGAUCAGGUAACGACUAUAAUUUGUAUGAUGGAACUGUAUCUCAUGAUCCACGUCUCGUGGCUAACGUGCAAAAUUAUAUGGAGAAAGAUAAAAGCCCCAAACGAAGACGUUUUGUGGGAGAAUUGUAGCCAUAAUGAGUAAAAUCAGCGCUAGCAAUUCUUCGUAGCCGGUAGACAAUUUUUCAGUCUGCAAUGGUCCUGGAGAGGUAUACUCUCUGGAGGGAAUUUUGGAUUGGUUUAAAUCAGUUGGUAGUGUUUGGACGUUAGAAACGACCUCAGAAUUAAAUUCUUACCUUUUAGGGGAAGGCCAACUUGGCAAAAAUGCCCUUUUUCUACUGUGUCGCAAAAUAUAAUAUCGAAUAGCCAGCAAUCUUUGCGCAAUUUGUUUGAAUUUGCUUUGGAAAUGCAAGAAAAGCAGCCAAGCAGUUUAGCUCAAAUGCCCCCAUGGCACAUCGCUUAUUAAAGAGAUUAGGUGCUGAUGUUUUGCGACACAAUGUACAGAAUUAAUAGAUUGGUGGACGAAGAUAUGAAAUUUGUUUUAAGUGUUUUUGGGAAAAUAAUUUCUAAUAACAAUACAAUAGCUAUGGCUACACAAAACUGCAAGUGUGUAGAGAGUGUAUAAAAAAAGGCAAAUAUUUCAUAUUGCAAUUAAGCACAAUACUGCAUUAUCGUAGCUACUUCCAGCUGUGUAGCUCACAAAGUGCAUACUUUUGAACAUUAAAUGUUGCCUUUUUAUAUACACCCUGUAUAAUAAUGGAACUUGUAAAAAAGUAAAUAAUAAUAGAACUUCAGAAGUGGGGCUGACGGUUAGUUUGGUAUCUCUUUUUUUUCUGUUCAUCUAUCUGUUUAUCAGGGUCUUUGUAGUUUGUAGUUCUACCUUUUAUGAAACUAGCUAGAGAAAGGCUUCUCACGAAAGCGCAAAUGCUGAAACACGUGGUUAAUGCCUCGACAUCGUGAAAUAGCCUGUGUUUGAAGCAUAGAUGAUAGAGACAAGAGUCAACUCCAUUCAAAAGUCAGUUCCAUCUUUUUGCAAAAUUAUUUCGAUUUUAAAAGAACAUUGAAUGGAAUGCAUGGUAUUCAUAUUGGCGGUAAAUUCAAAGAAAACGCCAUGAUGAAGAGACCACUAACAAUUAACGAUGAAGCAACUUUUGUCCCUUUUGUCCGGGGAGCCGAACUGGCCAGUCCGCCUUUACACCGUUUGCAGCUCAAAUUGGAGUACACAUGCCCAUAGAAUUUGUAUUGGGUUAAAUCAAAUGCGUGAUACGUAAAAUCAAAUUCCCAAAAUGCGAACUGUAAUAUAUACAGAUAUGUCAAUACGCUAAAUCAAAUUCACAUCAGUUUAAAUUUAAUUUUGAGUUUAUCA